UCAUCAACAGAUGGGGAACCCUCGUUGCGAAGGGGUUUUCCUGCCUCGCCCGGGGCAGCAGACGCUGAGUUUGCUCUCACAAGGAGCAGCGGGCCCUACACGGUUGUUGGUGUCUAAUACCUUGGCGAUUGGUUAGAGAAGAUGUUCCGUGCGUUAGAUGAGACAGGCGAUCCGCACCACGGUGAAACGCAUAGAAUUCCGCAAAUCCCUCCAUCAGCGGACAUUUUCGUUAUUUCUUGCCAAGCCAAACCCUAUCUUCGGUCCCACGGCCAGAGCGAGCGACCGAGCGAGCGAGAGAACGUAGGUGAAAAGGUCACGCUUUUUGCCUCUCUACCCUUCGCCAAUUGCGGCUUCAGCUUACCCGCGAGCCUCCUCUUCCCCUCUCUUCUCCCACACCGGUCCCACAACGCGACACCCUCGUUUCCGCCCUCGCUUCCACCGUGCCUUCGAUCGCUACCUGCUGGUCUUUUCGCCGUCGUCAUGGCCGCACCGCGGACACCGCCGCCGCCGCCGCCGCUGAUCGGGAAGGCCGGGUGCUACACCAUCUUCAUUACCCCGCCUACGACUCCGACGCCAUCCGAGCUCCCAAGAUCCCCCAUUGCGAGCCCUGCCCCGAGCCUUCGCGCCAACAACCCUGACAAGGAUGCUCCUUUGCCGGCUAAGGCUCCUUCUCCGCUGCUGCCGACGCCUCCAAUCGUGGCGCCGCCACCGGUUCAGGUCCCACCUCUGCGGUUCGAGAAGCCAGUCUCCACGUCAUCUGGGUCCGUGUUCGGGUUCUUCUGGGACGCCGUCGCCGAAGUACAAGAUGCGCAUUCAAAGUUGGACGAUUUCUUGGCGGAUUGGUUUGGGUUAAACCAUUCCAAGUACCAGUGGGCGUUGAAUGAAUACCACGAGCACAAUGAGAAGGAUAAGGAAAGUAGUAAAGUCAAUAAACCAAAAGAGCUCGUCGAUAGAGGACAUUCUGUCUAAUAACUUACCAGUGAGCAGCAAACUUUUUCAACACUGGUGUGUGGAUUAUAGAGUUAAAAACAUGUCUGAUGAAUGCAGUUUAUGAUAGUGUAUCAAUGCUUCGAAGCAGUCAAUGCAUUACUGACAAAUUGGUCCUUUGGGCAGUGGUCAGUCCAUUUUAGGGGGAUAGAAUAUACAAUAAAUAAGUUCCUCUGCAAAUGUUUUCCAUUGUUUGCAUGUUGAUAUUUGCUCCUUUGGGUAUCAGUGAUGUGAACUGUCUUUGAAAAUUUAUCAACUCAUCUCUCCAAAAGCAAUCAAAAUAGUCACAGUUUGCUUUUUGUAUGACAUAAACAGCUCUUCCCUGUAAUAUGAAUAUCCUAUUUACUUAA